AUGGCGCUUGGUGAUAUUGAAGCUGUAGUUGAAAGCUUCAAAAAGGCAUUGGAUCUGGAGCCAACUGAUUGUUUGUCUCUCACUGAAAAGGCAUUGGAUUGCGUCCUUAUAUCCAGGCCUUUGCGAUUGCUUCAGGUGAAAACUAUGGGACAAUUGGAGGUGGUUUUUGCAAAGGAUAUCGGAUAUCUUGUUGGGCUUUUUUGGGCUUAUUUUAAGUUAAUAAAUGGCAGAAUGUAA